AUGUACGCGGGUUUUUCACAAUUUCACGACGAUGGAAUCAACAUGGCCGCCGCCAACAACAUCAGCAUUUUUCCAUAUUUUGAUUUUAACGUGCCAAGAAACGUGACAACCGCUGUUGGACAAACGGCAUUUUUACACUGUCGCGUAGAACAAUUAGGAGAUAAAGCAGUAAGUAAAUAA